GUCCAGUUGCUUAGGGUUAUCACCAGGUGAUUACAAUACAGAGUUGCCCCCCACCUACACCUCCAACUUACCCCGAGGAAGCUCGACUCCCUCAGUCUAGCUGCGAUAAACUUCAGAGCGGAAUUUAAGACAACAAAAAUACCCCAAGCAACCAUGUUCAAGGACUGCCUGGCCCCCAAAUACCAGUACCUCCCGCCAGACGGAAACCCAGCACCAGAAAACUGGAGCGGAUAUCGGUACCUCUCACACAUUGCCCAGUUCUGGAGAGAAGCACUCAUCGCGGGACUCUGUAUCCUGAGCGGGGUCCUUCUCCUCGAGCGCUCCCAGAGCCCGUUGAACUGGCGGGAACUCGUAAAAGGCGAAGCGUAUACUCUCACAUCUGAAGAUACGCGAUGGGUGCAGUUCCAAUGGAUGAGCGAGGUCUACAGCUCGAGCGAUUCCGGAAGCACGGACGCCGUCAAUGCAGCUUGGGACCAAAUUGUGCCUGCCCAUGGGAUCGUCGCGGUGGACCAUGAAUGGGCGGCGAAGCAUAAUCUACCCGCGAGCAUGAGUCUCUUCUCGGAUCGCUCCAAGGGUGUCUAUAUUAUUGAUGCAUACCACCAGGUUCACUGUCUGACCGUCAUCCGUAAGACAUUUACCGAACUGGCCAACGGGCAAACUCCAAGUAUACCAACCGGACACUCGCGGCACUGCUUCGACAGUCUGCUGCAGUACAUCGUGUGCGGCACGUCAGGCGACACUCUGCUCUAUACGUGGGGACGCAAUAUCACUGGUGACCGCCAGGUUCGGAAAUGUAUUGACUGGAACAGUCGAAAGAAGUGGGCGAAGGAGAAUACGGCCUGCUAUAAGGACUUCGAUCAUCCAGUUCGACUGAUUGAUCACUUUAAUCAUUGCGAAAAUGAUGAUGAUGGAAUUAAGUUGACGGGUUGGUAGUUAGGACGGGGUUAUAGAACAUUAACAUUGACAAUUGAAAGAUUUCAUCAUGCCACUAAGCCGAAUGCCGAAUUAUGAACCUGCCCUUGCGCUUCUGACACUUUCUUCAUGUAAAUAGUCCCUUCAGAACGCAUCCUACCAGCCCUCCGCAAUCUGGGUACCGUCCUCGAUCUCGUCCCGUUUCCAGCCUUCAGCAAUCUGUGUGCCAUCCGCUAUUUCGUCACCGCGCUUCCAGCCCUCGCCGAUCUGGGUACCCUCGGCCAAAGCCUCUGCGCUGUCCGCGAUGGGUCCUAGAAAUGGUUAGUAUGGAUGACAGUAAAUAAUUAUGCUUAUUGUUCCACCUACGUGCCAAGGCCGUGGAGGCCGC